UAUUCGAACAACACCCUACGACGGCGACUGUUGUCUUUCGAUACAACCUGACCUGAGACUGUCAUCGAGAACAAACCGACGAUAAUGUCUUUCCUCUCACGAAAUUCCCUCGCUGUGAUGCGCCGUAGUGGUGUCAUGCGAUCAACCCCUCGCCAGGUCAGGUUCGCACACGAAGAACAUCACCGUCCCCAUCUGCCCUUCACGUACGAUAAGAACAAGAAGGCUGCGUUCACGGCAAAGUUCCUUGCGUUUACGGGAAUAGGGUUCUCCGUCCCGUUUAUUGCUACUUACUAUCAACUAUGGAAAUCCGGCAGCCUCACGGCGCAAUAAGUUGUUACGAGUUUCAGCACCCCU